AUGAAAGUGAUCGUUUACACAAUAUCAUCUUUAAUUAAAAGUCACCAAGCAAAUACAUUCGUGCAAAAAAUUGGCACGCAGUUUCUUUCACGCAAUGGUAUUUUGAAUGGCAAAAUGUGUUACUCAUCAAGAGAAAUUCAUGCUAGUCGCGUUCUCAAAUCUCAACUUGGGUCGAACAAAAGUGAAGACGAGCUUUUGGUGUCUCAGAGAAAAAAAAGACCAAUAUCUCCACAUCUAACUGUUUAUGAACCUGAAAUGAGCUGGUAUCUUUCUUCAUUGCAUCGUAUAUCAGGUAUCUUACUUGCUCUUGGAUUCUAUGUAUUCACCAGUUCUUUGGGUGUGACAACAAUAUUGGGGAUGGAUACAACCUUUCAAGAUCUAAACAAGUGGUAUCAUGAAACACUACCUAAAUGGUCACAAUGGUUAGUUAAAGGCUCUGCAGGAUAUCUAUUUGCAUUUCAUUUUGGUAACGGUGUAAGACACCUCAUUUGGGAUAUGGGCUACGAAUUGACCAACCCCGGUGUCAUAAAAACCGGAUCUAUCGUCUUAGCGGGUACACUCAUUUUGGGUUCCUAUUUGCUAGCUCAGUAG